AAAGGUUUGAUCGGGAAUCACCGACACCAACAACGAGAGGUAGCAUCAAUAUUCACAGCUGAAUCUUGUAGAAGAUGCGCCCCACCCUGGGAACAUGGCUGGUGAUCACGGUCUUCUGUGCACUGAUAUACAUCUGCAAACUGGCGGAAGCAUACCCAGCAAAACCAGAAAACCCUGGAGAGGAUGCACCUAGCGAGGACCUGGCCAAAUACUACUCUGCAUUAAGGCACUAUAUUAACCUUAUCACACGACAGAGGUAUGGGAAAAGGUCUGGACCUGAUACUCUGAUUUCUGACCUGCUGUUGAGAGAGAGCAUAGGAAGUAUCCCACGGUCAAGAUAUAAGGAGCCAUCUAUGUGGUGACAUCAGAAGACAUGAUACUGUCUGCCACGUGCCUUCAUAUGGCCAUUUUUGUACCACUCCAACAAUACUGGCUCUCAAGUUCAGACUGCAUGCAACUAUUGCUCUGCUGUCCAUA